AUCGCGGUAAGUUCGCGGCGAGAAGAGUAGGUACCCACCUCUACGUAGGUACCUACGGCUACUGCAGGUUACCUAAUCCCUAACCAACCGGUAUGAUUGGUAACCUGAACUGUGUUCAUGGCCGAACCAAUUGAUGUACCUACACGUAUACAUAUUGCACAGGCGCUACUUUCGAAAUACAUUUCUCCACAGACCUCGAUUUAUCUAUCUCCCCAAUUCAUCUCCUACCAUAAGGUGCCUGUAUUCAACCACAAGGCCGGCGUCUUUGAGGCUCUGCAACCCCACACUGUGGAUUUAGGCGUUAAUCACUUAGGAUGUGUUAGAGAACCGGGGUACUCGAUGCCUGCCAUAUUUCUUCUCCCUCUCUGGUGAUUGGCCUGUGGCGAUAAGAUAAGCCAGGCACCACCAUCGAUAAGUGGGUUCCAGGUACCUACCACCAUAAUACGACACCGAGUGGACUUCAACUCUCAACUUUCAACCUUGCUUUACGACAGCAUUGGGUGAAUCCAUCCUGCCCUGACACACAGACAAAUUCGAAAUAACUCCUAUAAUAAACAGCUUCUCUUGUUAAGACACCGUUCCUUCAUUCGCUGGGAUUGGCGACGGGAGUAGCAUCGAGUCCAAAACCAUCUACGCACGAUGAGCGCGUUCGGCGCCAAACGGAAAGCCCGUAAAAUUGCUGUCCGGGACGACGACGAUGAUAUAAUCCCGGCCGAAUCACUGAACCCGCCGCAGGAGUCGCAGGGACCGGCGUUGCAGCCGUCCUUCAAGACAAGCCGCAAACCCUUUAAACAAUCCUCUCUCCGGAAGGGCGUUAGCAGUAACGACGAUACCCCACUCUCCGACCAAGCGGGAACGAAAAAGGCUGUAGAAGAGGCAGAGGAUGACGAGGAUGGCGGCGUGUCCCUACGAACUCGACCCUUACCAGCGGCGAAAGCGGCUUCUACAAAGGGCAAGAAGCCGGCCUCGACGUCACGGCUAUCAUUCGGUGGUCCCGGAGAAGAUGAACCUGCCGGGGACGAAGACUCUAUGAUUUUAGGGGAGGGCAAUUUCACAUCAAGUAGACGCAACAACGCGCUUGCACACGCCGCGGCGGAAAACAACGCCUACAAGAAAGGCUUCUCCAAGAACAACUUGCCACUUAGCCGGUUACCAAUGCGCUCCACUGACAGCGACGAGGACCGUCCCCGCUACAGCCGAGAAUAUCUCUCCGAGUUGCAACUCUCGACCCCGAAUGUGCCUCAGGACCUCUCUAAGCUCCACCCGACGAGCGACGAAGACGAGAUGGUCCUCGACCCAUCGGAGCUCGAAGGAGCUUUGGUUGUGGAUACGCCAACUUCGCUAUCCGUCGGCCCUCCCGCCCCCGCCAACGCCACAGCCAUCCUAACCGAGGCCGAGAUCCAGGAAAAGAAAUCCCGGCGGGCGCGUCUCGCCCGCGAAGGUGGCGGUGGCAAAGAAGCUGACGACUUCAUCUCGCUCUCCGACGACGAGGACCAACGCGGGCGCGGGGAUUCCUACCUCACCGUCCUCUCCCGUUCCAACAACAAACUGCCUAGGUCCGAGACGACGCGCCUGGUCGCGGAAGACGAGGACCUCGGGGAGGGUUUCGAAGAGUUCGUUGAGGACGGCGGUUUGUCCCUCGGCCGUAAGGCUGAGCGCGAGGCUCGUCGCCGUCGGCGCGCCGAGAUGGCUUCCCUGAUCACCGCGGCCGAGGGCGACGACAGCGGGGGCGACGCCUCGGACGACAGCGAGGCCGAGCGCCGCGCCGCCUACGAGGCAGCCCAGACGCGCGCGGGCAUGGACGGCCUGGCUGCGGAGCGGGAGGAGCAGCGGCGGCGGCUCCUGAAGUCCUCGGGGGGAGCUCUCGCGCCGCCGCCGAAGAUAACCCCGCUCCCGGACCUCAGCGUCCUCGUCGACGCGUUCAAAGAGCGGAUGCGCGCCAAGGAGGAGCAGAUGGCCAGGCUGCGCGCCCGCAUAGCGGAGCUGCAGGCCGAGCGCGAGGGCGUCCUGAAGAGGGAGCCCGAGGUCCAGAGGCUGCUCAACGAGGCCGGCGAGCGGUACCGCGCGCUGAUGAUAGGCGGGACGGGCGCUGCGGCUGCGUCGCCCACGGCGGAGGGAGACGCGAGCGGAGACGCUGACGGGGAGCCGCGGAGGACGGCUCACGCGGAUAACUUCGCGGCGGCGAAAUCUCUCCUCGAGCAGGUCAGGGCCGGAGGCGGAGACACGCCGGGCCAGAGGGGGCUCGAGAGCCUCGGCACGACGCCGGUGAGGCAGCCGGGAGGGUUGGAAACAUGAAGAUGAAGAUGAUGAUGGUGGAUGGGGCAAUAAAAACAUGCUAGAAUUACGACUCGCAGUGGUCGUGACGGUAGUACUAGUCUCUUAUACCGCGCCUUGCCGUUGCGCUAGAUAGCUAUGAUACCCACGGGACGAAGGGAAUGAACUCGAGGAAUAGAAUGAAGG